ACGCUGCUGGUUGCCACCAUGUCGGACGACGUCCUCGGCGGGAGCUCGGAGGUCAGCAGUUCCUGGCCGUCCUCCACCCCCAGCGUUCCAUCCACCAAGUUUGAGCUGGAGAAGGAGACGGAGCUCCGGCUGGAGGUGGAAGGCUCGGCCCCCGUGCAGGUGGAGUUGGUCUCGGGCCAGGCCGAGGUGUUCGGCACAGAGCUGGUGAAGAACAAGAAGUACACGUUCCCGCCGGGCAGCCGAGCCGCCGUCUUCACCUGGCACGGUUGCUGCGUCCAGCUGUUUGGAAGUGCGGACGUGGGCUACGUCUCUAAGGACACCCCCAUGCUGCUCUACCUCAACACCCACGUGGCCCUGGAGCAGAUGCGGGUGCAAGCGGAGCGGGAAGGAGAGCGCGGGCCCCGGGUGCUGGUGGCCGGGCCGUCCGAUGUGGGUAAAUCUACGCUCUGCCGACUGCUCUUGAACUAUGGAGUGAGGAUCGGCCGGCGCCCAGCCUUGGUGGAGCUAGAUGUCGGGCAGGGCUCGGUGUCGGUCCCGGGGACGGUCGGGGCUCUGUGUGUGGAACGGCCAGCUGACGUAGAGGAAGGGUUCUCGACUCAGGCACCACUUGUCUAUCACUUCGGCUCCACUACACCGGGGACCAAUAUCAAGCUGUACAACAAGUUGACCUCCCGCCUGGCUCACGUCUUCAACCUGCGAUGCGAAUCCAAUCGCCGAGCAGCGGUCAGCGGCUGCAUCAUUAACACCUGCGGCUGGGUCAAAGGCGGCGGCUACCAAGCCAUCAUUCACGCCGCCUCUGCUUUCGAGGUGGACGUCGUGAUCGUGCUGGACCAAGAGCGCCUGUACAACGACCUCCACCGCGACCUCCCGCACUUCGUCCACACCGUCCUUCUCCCGAAAUCCGGCGGCGCCUCGGAGAGGUCCAAGGAGUGCAGAAGGGAGGCCAGAGACCAGCGGGUGCGGGAGUACUUCUACGGCGCUCGGGGUUCUCUCUACCCUCACGCCUUCGAGGUGAAGUUCUCCGAGGUCAAAGUCUACAAAGUGGGGGCUCCGUCUAUCCCCGACUCCUGCCUUCCCCUGGGCAUGUCGCAGGAGGACAAUCAGCUGAAGCUGGUGCCGGUGACACCCGGCAGGGACAUGGCCCACCACCUGCUCAGCGUGGUGCCCCUCGAGGGCGGGCUACCAGAUGAAAGCAUCGAGGAGAAAAACGCGGCGGGGUUCAUCGUCAUCAGCGGCGUGGACAUUGAAAGGCAAACGCUGACGGUGCUUUCCCCAGCACCCCGACCUCUGCCCAAGUGCGUCCUGCUCAUCAUGGACAUAAGGUUCAUGGACCUUAAAUAAUCGCUGGAAGAGACGCGUUUCUU